AUGGUCAUAACGAAGGAGUUCCGCAUUAACUUGCCGAUGACGGUUGAUGAUUUUGAAAGAGGCCAGCUAUAUGCUGUCGCCCAUUGUAGUAAGAAUGAGACGGGUGGAGGGGAAGGAGCUCAGUUUCUAAAACAAGAGGAGUUCACGUCAGAUGACAUAGUACCUGGAAAGAGGUUAAAUGGUACCUAUACGUAUAAAUUAUAUAAAUUACGUUCAAAAGCACCAUGGUUUAUGCAAAAAGUAUUACCGCCUGAGGCAUUUGAAGUGCAUGAAGAGAGUUGGAACGCUUAUCCAUAUUGUAAAACAGUCAUAACAAAUCCGGGUUAUAUGAAAAAUAAUUUCAAAGUAGUCAUUGAGUCAUUGCAUUUACCGGAUGAUGGAACUUCUCCGAAUCCAUUACAAGCAAAAGAGAGUCGUGAUAUCCAUGUAAUUGACAUCUGUGAUGAUGCUUUCUUACACAAGGACGACUAUAAUGAAGUCUUAGACCCUAAAAUAUUCAAAUCAAAGUCAACGGGAAUUGGUCCUUUAGCUCCAAAAUGGGCACAAACGACAAAACCGAUUAUGUGUGCUUAUAAGUUGGUUACUGUUCAUUUCAAAUGGACAGGAUUAGGAAGUUUGAUAGAGAAGUCCAUCAUGAAGCAAUAUCCAAGAAUCUUUGGAAAGCUGCAUAGGGAAAGCUGGUGUUGGAUCGAUGACUGGUACAGUAUGUCAAUGGAUAGCAUACGAAUGAUGGAAGAGAAAAUAGCUCAAAUUCUGGAAGGACAAAUUCUCGAAGAGAAUCGUCGUGGAACAACCUGUAAUGAUUCAACUGAUCCACGUACCGGAGAAAGAGCAUGA